GGCGGUAGAAGGAGAGGCGGUUGUGAGGCUCGUGGUGGUGCCGGAGGCUGGGAGGCCCUAGGGGCGCGGAGACUAUCGGGGAAGGGGGAGGGAAGACAGCAGCAUGGCGGCCGGGUACGAGCCGCCCAACCCUCCCCUUCAUCACUGUCGCCGCGGCCGCGGCCGGGGUCGCUGGGACCCUUCGGUCUGUGUGUGUGAAUUGUAAGCCCGCCGCCCGUCCGUCUGUCCUCUGGCCCUUCUCCCUCACCGCCACUGCCUGCCCGAGGGUCGGGACGGCCGGAUCUCUCCUACCAACCCACCAGCGCACGGUUCGGGGCCAUGGAGGACGUGAAGCUGGAGUUCCCCUCCCUCCCGCAGUGCAAAGAAGACGCCGAGGAGUGGACCUACCCUAUGAGACGUGAGAUGCAGGAAAUUUUACCUGGAUUGUUUUUAGGCCCAUACUCUUCUGCUAUGAAAAGCAAGUUACCUAUGUUACAGAAACAAGGAAUAACCCAUAUAAUAUGUAUAAGACAAAAUAUUGAAGCUAACUUUAUUAAACCAAACUUUCAACAAUUAUUUAGAUACUUAGUCUUGGAUAUUGCAGAUAAUCCAGUUGAGAAUAUAAUACGUUUUUUCCCAAUGACUAAAGAAUUUAUUGAUGGGAGCUUACAAGCUGGAGGGAAAGUUCUUGUCCAUGGAAAUGCGGGGAUCUCCAGAAGUGCUGCCUUUGUUAUUGCAUACAUUAUGGAAACAUUUGGAAUGAAAUACAGAGAUGCAUUUGCUUAUGUUCAAGAAAGGAGAUUUUGUAUUAAUCCUAAUGCUGGAUUUGUCCAUCAACUUCAGGAAUAUGAAGCCAUCUAUCUAGCAAAAUUAACAAUACAGAUGAUGUCUCCACUCCAGAUAGAAAGGUCACUAUCUGUCCAUUCUGGUACCACAGGCAGUUUGAAGAGAACACAUGAAGAAGAAGAUGAUUUUGGAAACAUGCAAGUGGCAACUGCACAGAAUGGCUGACUCAAGAUACAUUAUGUAGAGGAUGUUGAUUUCUGUUUGGGAAAGAGAAAAUGGUAACAACACAAGCAGUUUCUUUUCAAUUAUAUGUUGCUUCCAGGUAUCUCUGCAACUUCAUGAACAACAUUUUGAGAUGUUGGGACUUCCAUAAUAGAUGGCACUGGUAAUGGUUUUACUUUUUUCUUUCUUUUUUUUUUUGAACUUUACAUUUUAUUAUUCUAAACCAAGAAUUUUGGACUUGCAAAAGAGGUAUUAUUGCAAUAAUGCACUUUUCAUACUUGAAAUUUAUUUGUAUGAUAUUGUUAUUACUUUAAAAUGCAAUUUAGGGGAUUUGUUUAUAAAAUCUGGGUAAUUUAUAACAAGAAAUUCCUAAAAGUUUCCUAAAAAUUAAUUUUGUGUUCUAUAUAUUGCAUUUAAAAAUAAUAUUACAGUAAAAUUUUAUGAUAGAGCCUCUUACAGAAACAUUAACAAAUUAAACUUCUUGAUCUCUUAAUAUUUAAAUCAUGACACUAGCUAGCUAUCUUUAACAUUAUCCAACUAUUUUUUUUCUAUUACCACCCUAAUUUUCUUAUUCUCUAGGUAGAAAAAAACAGGGUUUAAUGAACAAAAAGAUGCUUUUCUUUAUAGAUGCUCAAAACAAGUUUUUUCUUUAUUUCUUAAAAGCCAAAUGUUAAUGCCUUUUCUUUAAAGACUUGCUUAUUAGCCUUUUUUUUUUUGCCCAAACAAUUCUAACUAGAAUAUAAUAAACUGUAAUGUAGCACUAUUUUUUCCUAAAUUCAUCCCCCAAAAGAAAAGUGCCUUGUGUCUUCAAAAAUAAUUUUCAUGACCUCUAAAUUAGAAUGUAGAGCAGCAAAGUUUUAAUAUUGUAUGUAAUUUUUCCAUAAUUAGUUGAAACUGAAAGCAUGAGGUUUAAAGUAAUCUAUAAAUUAUUUGAAAUAUGGAAUAUUUACCCAUUUUAUGUUGUCUUAAUGAUUCUGUGAGGUUGCUCUGGCUCAGAACAAAACGUUUUUUAUAAAUGCAUCUGUUGGGGAAAAAUGAUUUAUGGGAUGUUAGAAUACUUUGUUUCACUCGGUUUUUUACAUUGAAUCUAAAUCCCCCCCCCCAUAAGUUGCAUCAGCAAAGUCACUUUAUGGAUUCUUGACCUAUUUUUAUUUAUAUAUGUAAAAAUUCUAAGAAAAGAAUUUUUGAAGUACAAUGUAAGGGAGGAGAGGAGUGUUUUUAACUUUUUAUAGUUGAUUUAGGGUAGCACAAAAUUCCUUUGUAUUUCACUUUUCUCUAUCCUCUCUUGAGGUGCUUUACUGAUAGGAAAAUUUCCUUAUGUUCCAUUAGUACCAGGGGCACUAUGCAAGGUACACCAAGUUACUUGCUUUGCUUUCCUCUGUAAGAUGUAAGUUACAGCUUUUUAAAAUUCAGCAUAGUGGAAGAAUGAAAAUGCAUUAAAAUUGUUUUGUUAAUUAAGAGUUUAUUCCUGUUGGCCUAGGUGGUAUUCUUCUGAUUUUUCCCUUUCCUUGCAAUAUUUUACCAUCCUGAAAACAACAUAUUGUGGUCUAUUCUGUUCUGUGAUUAGGUCAUUUGGUGUGGUGAUAUAGUAAAUUUGCAUUGAGUGUUUAGCAAUUCCAGUUAGUGUGGUGCAGUGCCAGAUAACACAGUUUAUCUGUGUAUAGAUCACUGUUACAUAGGUCAGCAAAGGUCUUUCUUGCAAUCUAAUAAUCUAUGAUACUUUGUUCAUCAGAAAUUUUGCCUAAAGGAAUCAUUAUUUAGGUUUUUUAAAUGAGACAGUUGAUACUUUAAAAAUUAGUUUAAUACAUGUGUCCUUUCUAGUAGCUGGCCAAAAAAAUACAGAUUUGGUUAUCCAUUACUGUAUACUUGGCAGUUUUCCACUUUUUCUAAUAACCACUGUAAUUUUUAUGUUGUCACUAAAGUGCCUACCCAGCACUGUAUUAAAGACUGUCUUUCACAAACACUAGAAAAAGGGGGCUGUUAUCUUGAGCACAUUAUUAAUGUGAACAAAAUGUUUAUUCUUUAUAUAAGAACUGAAAGGUUGUUUUAUCUUAUAUUUGUUCUUCCAUUUAAUGUUUGAUUACCUCUUCAGGUAGCUCUUUCAUUCUUUUAUUUGGUUUGAUUCUGUAAUUCUUUUAUUUUUACUGAUGUUUUGUAAUAGCUACAAUGCAUUUAACCGAUCAUGAUUUUUUUCCUAGGAUAUUUUAAUAAUGUAAGGAUGACAUAGCACCCAGUUUUGAACAUUAUAUAGUCUGGGCAAAGAAUUUAAAAUGAAAUUGCUUUAAAAACUUACUGUCCAUUUUGAAAGUAUGUAACUUUAUUGGAAAUAUUCAAGCUGGAGUGGCAGUAUUCAAAUUUUGUUUAAUUCAUAUUUUUUAUCUAUUAGAUGUUUAACAGCAGUUACCUUUAUUUGUAUCUACCACCAUAUAUGGGGAAAUGUUAAACCGUGAUAGCUUUUACUACCAACAGUUAACUUUUAGAGCAGAAUAUUGUUGGGGUGGGGAGGGGUUGUGCUUCAUCUGAGUUUAGAAUGUCAGAAAAUGUUAAGCAUGUCUUUUUAAAGAAAAAUUGAAGUUUCUAACUAUCUUAUUACCAUAAUUCAAGCAAGUUAGAAGUAUUUAACUGCAAUCUUGAAUUAUAAAGUUGGGGUUUAUAUAUAAGUAGCUCAACUUGAUGUACAGUAAAUCAGCAGUUACCUGGCGGAUUUUUUUUUAAACUGGUUCAGUCCACAAUUCCAUAACAAACUUAGCUUCACUUCAGUAUUUACUUUAUAUCUUUGUCCAUUCAACAAUGUUCCAAUAAUGAAAUGAUAGGAAGUUGCUGAGAAUUAGUACAAGAUUUUAUUUUUUUAUUGAUUAGAGAAAUAGUGUUUAGGAUCUUUGAAUGCUGGACUUGUUUUUCUUCCUUUUUUUUUUUUUUUUUUUAAUUUGUCUUACCCAUUCAUGGCAGCUAAAAAAGAAAUCACUCAAAAUAUUCAGGUUUACAUGCUAGCUCUCUUGCAUAGGGAGUUGUCAUACCUCACAGUUCAAAGUGUAUUCUAUAGAUCAGUAACAUACUGACAUGUAAUUGCAAUUUACUAUGCAGCAAAAAUGAUUCAAGAAGAAAAAUAACCUAGUGUCUAACUUUGUAUAGGCAAAUACUUAAGUUACUCUAAUUUUAACAUUUGUACUUGGAUAAAAUGCUUAUGUAUGUGUAAGAAUGUCAAUGCAAGAUGCUGCUAGCCCAGGCACAAAGUAUUAAAGUUAUUUUGUGAAGAUUGUUGGUUGUAUUAAAACUGUUGUGCCAUUAUACCUCAAAAA